CUAUGGCCAACCAUCCUGUAGUUGAACUCACCUCCGAAGCAUCAUGGGCGAUGGUGGAAGACAAAUUCUCGCCUUUUGCGAAGGAUACCCUUGCCAAACUCAUCUCCUUCAUUGAGGAGGACGUGGUCCCCGCGACAAGGGUAGCACAUGCUCAAUUGCCAGAUGAUUCUCUGCAGCGGUGGAAGACCGUCAUACCUGUUAUUGAGGAUCUGAAGAUCAAGGCACGGAAACUGGGGCUCUGGAACCUUUUCCUGAGCAAGUCGCUUUAUCCUGGACUCGGUGUGCUCACUAAUCUCGAGUACGCUGUCAUGGCUGAAAUCCUCGGUCGUGCUGGGCACAUGGGCUCAGAAGCCGUGAAUUGUUCAGCACCGGACACCGGCAAUAUGGAGGUCCUCGCUCGCUACGGUAACGAGGAGCAGAAGAAGAAAUGGCUCGUACCUCUGUUGAACGGAGAGAUUCGUUCCGCCUUCUCUAUGACCGAACGCUUCGUCGCAUCCUCCGAUGCAACAAACAUCCAAACAUCCAUCAGGCAGGAGGGCAACGACAUUGUCAUAAAUGGCCAUAAAUGGUAUAUCAGUGGCGCGGGCGACCCUAGAACUAAACUCCAUCUCGUCAUGGGCAAGAGCGAUCCCAACAACCAAAGUAAAUAUAACCAACAGAGUGUCGUGAUUGUUCCUGCAGACGCUCCUGGAGUCAAGGUUGUUCGUGCUAUGAAGGUUUUCGGGUAUGAUGAUGCUCCGGAAGGGCAUUGCGAAGUCAUUUAUGACAAUGUCCGCGUUCCUUUGGGCAAUCUUGUACUUGGCUGGGGUAAAGGAUUUGAGAUCAUCCAAGGAAGACUGGGGCCUGGGCGGAUUCAUCACUGCAUGCGUUCGAUUGGCGCUGCUCAAUAUGCCUUGGAUACCAUGCUCAAGCGAGUAACCGACCCUUCAAGGAAGACAUUUGGAAAAUUCCUCUACGAGCACGGAACUGUCAUAUCCGAUCUUGCGAAGUCUCGUGCGGAGAUUGAAGGUGCUCGCUUGCUUGUGUUGAGCGCAGCUUUGCAGGCGACCUUGCAGAUCGACAAGUACAAGCCAAAGGGCGCGCUCAAGGAGAUCGGUAUCGCCAAGUUUGUCGUGCCGUCCAUGGCACUGCAGGUCGUCGAUCGCGCCAUCCAAUCAUUUGGCGCUGAGGGUGUAAGCCAAGACACCGAGCUUGCUGCUCUCUGGGCAGGUUUGCGUACACUACGCCUUGCAGAUGGUCCUGAUGCGGUCCAUAUACAGCAAGUCGGGCAGAGGGAGUUGAAGCGGGCACCAAAAUUGACCGAGAAGGCUGCUCAAUACAAGAAAAAGGAGGCAGAGUUGUUUGCAAAGUAUAACAUCAAAGCUCGACUCUAGGGGCUUCAUCGUAAUCAGACAAUGUACUCAGCCAUCUUCUGUACUCCUCGGAUAUAGCCAGUCGUGCUCUCGUUGAUUCUGCAGAUUC